UCCGCAUCCACCUCUCUUCAAUCGCCUUCUCAAUUUCGUUCGACUGCCUCCUGCUUCUCUGCUCCUCUUCUUUUCCGUUGUUCAAUUUAGGGGGAAUUCUGAAUCUGAUCAUCGACAAUGUCAUCAACAGAGAAGGAGAGAGAGGCUCAUGUCUACAUGGCCAAGCUCUCCGAACAGGCAGAGCGCUACGAAGUUGUUAUUGGUGAAAUUGUAGAAAUGGUGGAUUGCAUGAAGAAGGUAGCAAAGUUGGACUGCGAGCUGACGGUGGAGGAGAGGAACCUGCUGUCGGUGGGGUACAAGAAUGUGAUCGGAGCGCGGCGCGCGUCAUGGCGGAUCAUGUCUUCAAUCGAGCAGAAGGAAGAGUCCAAAGGGAACGAGCAAAACGUGAAGCUAAUCAAGUCUUACCGCCAGAAGGUGGAAGAUGAGUUGGCCCAGAUUUGCCAAGAUAUCCUCAACAUCAUCGACAAGCAUCUCAUCCCUUCCUCUGCCUCCGGCGAAGCCACAGUUUUCUACUACAAAAUGAAAGGUGACUAUUUUCGUUAUCUUGCUGAGUUCAAAACCGAAUCAGAGAAAAAGGAAGCAGCUGAUCAAUCACUCAAGGGCUAUGAGGCUGCUUCUGCUACUGCAAGCACAGAGCUGCCUUCAACGCACCCAAUCAGGCUUGGCCUUGCACUCAACUUUUCUGUUUUCUACUAUGAAAUCAUGAAUUCUCCUGAAAGGGCCUGCCAUUUGGCCAAGCAAGCUUUUGAUGAAGCAAUUGCUGAGUUGGAUACGUUGAGUGAGGAGUCCUACAAAGACAGUACCCUCAUUAUGCAGUUGUUGAGAGACAAUCUCACUCUCUGGACUUCUGACUUGCCUGAAGAUGGAGGUGAGGAUGGCUUCAAAGGUGAUGAAUCAGGCACCAAACCUACAGAACCAGGAACAGCAGGGAAAUGAAGGAAACAUGCUUGAGAUUUGAGAACCAGAUGGACAAGAGACUAAGCUGAUGGUUGAUAUAUAUUACAAUAUAUAUAUAUGUUUGCUGAAGUGUGCACUGCUCCCCCAAUAUAUGAUCUCUAAUAUUGAGUUAGCUUUGAUUCCAAAUAGUACCGAUUGAGUCAUAUGAAUAGUUAUAGAAAAAGAAUUAAUACCAGAAUUUUGGCUUUCAGUUUCUUGUGUCAUUUAUCCAUUUUCUUUAUUCCUUUUUGGAAUCCAGAAAGUGAUUAGGUCCCUCCUCACUAAUGGGAUUUGGACCAAAAUCAAUAUAUGAUUUCGGCUCUUUUCAUUUGUUUAAUUGUGGUAAUUAAUAAUCCGAAUUUUUUCUCAGAGUACAUUAGUUAUUACAAUGAUUUCUCAUAGUACACAAGUUAUUAUAGAAUAUAUGAAUCUAAGC